AUGGCCUGUGAGACUGCGAGGACGAUACCCUUUGAGGCGCCGCGGAAGUCGACGACGGAUACCAUGGCGCACGGGACUGCGAGCACGAGCACGAGCACGAGCACGGUACCGCACGAAUCAGAUCGUGUUUCUCAGCUGCUAGACGACGCUUCCGUCGACGUUUCAGUCGACGGUUCGAUUGACGGUUCCGGCGAGGCGUUUGGCGUUUCGCGCGGGGCGUUAGGCGCAGCAGCGGGUGAAGAAGCGUUAGGCUCGGUAGUAUUAGACGUGAUGCACGACCCGUGGCGCGUGGAGGGGUUAGAUCUGCAGGGACCCAACUACGUCAUCGUACGGCGCACCCUCGUGUGCCCUAUUCAGCGCGCGGACAUCCCGGCGGGAUCUGCGGCGGGAGCUGCGACGGUAGGUGCGGAGCGAGAAGUUUCCCCGAACGAGUCGGUGGUGGUUGGAAAAAGACGGAGGAGGAGAGGCAAGGGGAGGAGGGCGACGGGGGAGGAGAGGACGAUAGGGGGAGAGAGGAAAGGAGGGAGAGAGCAGGAUAGGCACUGGGAAGGUGCGAGCAAGGCGAGAGAAGGAAGGCCCGUGACAGGCGCUGUGUCUAGCAGCAGAGGCGGAGGGUUGGCACGGACACGCGCAGGGGGUGCUGGUAUUAUCCGUGCUGCUGAUGCUUCUGAGUCGGUUGAAUGCGCUGCCGCGGGGAUUGCCCCGGGGAAUAUAUUUGCGGGUAGGGCGAACCGAGGGGCACGGUGGGGUGGGGUGGCGGAGAUUGGAGGGGGGAGAGGCGGCGCAGAGAGGGAGGCGGAGGGCGGAGGUGCGAGGGGGGAGGAGGGGAAUGGCGCAGGGGGGCUAGUGGUCGAUGCGGAGGCUCCGCAUUUGAGCAAGGCGAAAUAUAAUGUGCGGGGAGUUUCCCAGGGAGGUGCGCAGAUUGAUGGCAGUGCAGGCCUGCAGGGUGCGCAGCAGCGGCAGCAGCAGCAGCAGGAGGAAGAGGUCGAGGGAGGGGGGGAGGGAGAGGAGGAGGGGGAAGAGGAGGGGGGAGAGGCUGUAGGAGGCAGCAGCAGUGAGAGGGGUCCUGGUGUGUGGCAGGCAGUCGCUUCAGCUGAAGCGCCUGCUUCAGGCGAGACAGCAGCCAUGGAUGACCUUAGCACGCCUCCUGAAGCAUCCGCAACGGCUGCAGCAGCAGCAGCAGCAGGAGGAGGAGGAGGAGGAGGUAUGGCAGAGGAUGGCAUGUCGGGGGGUGCAGCAGGCGUGGGGUCGGUGUGUGCAGGGCGAGUGGUGAAGGGCAAGGGGCCGGGGCAGUACCUGUUUCGAGCAGAGGAUGGCGAGGGAUUCACGAGCGUUGAUGUGGGCGCUAAUGGCAUGUCUGUCGUCUGUAAUGCCAGGGGAUGCCGCCCCGUGCGGGUAGACGAAAGUUUUGUGGACCGGCACGGGCUGCCCCAGAGCCUUUCGCAGCUGCCCAACGGCGCGGGCAGGCUUGCGGAAGGGGGGGGCGUGGGGGAAAUGGAGGGGGGAGACGCUGGGUUGGGCAUGGGCGGAGUGGGGGAGAUUUGGGGGGGAGAUGUUGGGGAAAGUGUAUGGGGAGAAGGGGGGGUGGUGGGGGGAGAGGCUGAGGAUGGCGGGGGUGUGGGAGGGGGAGGCGAGGGGGAAAGGGAGAGGAGGCCGGUUGGGAAGGGUGAAAAUGGAUUGGCGGUGGUGGAAGGGGGUGGAGAGGCGAUAAUGGAGUUUGAAAGAAGGGAGGAUGAGCGUGGGGCAAGGUCUGGUUGGGACCACGGUGGGAUUACGAAUGGGAGAAAGACGGCAGAGGGGAGAGAUGGUGGGGAGGCUAGGGAAGGGAGUAACGCUAGGAAAGAGAGAGACGAGAGGAACAAAAGGGAUGAGAGGUACGGGAGGGACGAGAGGGAAAGUAGUAGACGCAGCGGAAAAUCCUCUUUUACAAAUCUCAGCGCUGGUGUGGGUCUGGACAGCGAGAGGAGAGGAGGAGAUAGCGAGAGGGAAGGAGGAGGGAAAGAGAGAAGGGGAGGUGAAGAGGGAGCAGCGGUGCGUGGUGGGACAACAUUGGAGGGGCCGGCAGUGGGGGGGAGAGCAGCAGCGAGUGUAGAGGAGGAGGACGAGCAGUACUCACGGGCUGUGCGCAGAGAUCCCACCAACGCUCUGUUGCUCUGCGACUACGCGCGCUUCCUCUACGUCUCAAAAGACGAUCCCACCAACGCUCUCUUGCUCUGCGACUACGCGCGCUUCCUCUACGUCUCAAAAGACGAUCCCACCAACGCUCUCUUGCUCUGCGACUACGCGCGCUUCCUCUACGUCUCAAAAGACGAUCCCACCAACGCUCUCUUGCUCUGCGACUACGCGCGCUUCCUCUGUGAGAUCAAGGACUAUCAUCGGGCAGACGAAAUGUUCCGGCGGGCAGUUGCAGCCAGCCAAGCAGAGGGGCGGGCGCGUGUGAAAGGACGGGCAGCAGGAAUGGAUCAGAGCCCUAGCAGCCCCACAAACAGCGGGGGGCUGAAGGGGUUGAAAGGAGUGAAAGGAGCGAAAGGAGCCACAGGAGUGAAGGGGGUGACAGGGGUGGAGGAGGGGGAGGUGCUGGUGCUGUGGGCUAAGGCGGUGUGGGAGGGGUGGCGUGACGGCGAGCGUGCUCUGGCCCUCUUUGACCAUGCUGUGGAAGUGGCGCCUCAUGACUGCUAUGUGUUGGCAGCAUAUGCAUCCUUUCUCUGGUCUGUGGAAAGCGCAUCUCCCUCUGCCUCCACAGGCAGCAGCAGCAGCAGCAGCAGCAGCAGCAGCAGUGUCAGUAGUGCAUCAGGUGGGCCUUUGUGCCUGAACCGCAAGCAGGGGCAGAAGCCUCCUUCCAUGAGCCUUGCUGCUCGUUCACUUGCCACAGGCAGACUAGGUGACAGCACCAGUAGUCACACUGGCAGUGGUAUUGCUGGCAGCACUGGCAACGGCGGCAAUGGGGGCGACACAUAG